CCUAGCAACCUGGCGGGCGUUGAUCAGAGCCGCGGGCGCGAUGGACGCGGAAAGCCUCCUGCUGUCGCUGGAGCUGGCGUCCGGCAGCGGGCAGGGGCUCAGCCCCGACCGUAGGGCCUCGCUGCUCACCUCCCUUAUGCUGGUGAAGCGCGACUACCGCUACGAUCGGGUCCUCUUCUGGGGCCGCAUCCUCGGCCUCGUCGCCGAUUACUACAUCGCGCAGGGCCUGAGUGAGGACCAGCUCUCACCACGCAAGACUCUUUACAGUCUGAACUGCAUGGAGUGGAGCCUCCUGCCCCCUGCCACGGAGGAGAUGGUGGUGCAGACGUCUGUGGUGAAAGGCCGCUUCAUGGGGGACCCCUCACAUGAGUAUGAACACACCGAGCUGCAGAAGAUGAGUGAGGGCGAGAAGGUCUUUGAGGAAGAAGUAGUGAUUGACAAGGCUGUAGCGGUCAUCCCCCGAGGAGCCCUUUUCAAGACCCCUUUUGGACCUAUCCAUGUCAAUCGGACCUUUGAAGGACUGUCCUUGUCUGAAGCCAAGAAGCUUAGUUCCUACUUCCACUUCAGGGAGCCUGUUGAGUUGAAGAACAAGACCUUGCUUGAGAAGGCUGACCUGGACCCUUCCCUGGACUUCAUGGACCCCUUAGAGCAUGACAUUCCCAAAGGGACCGAGGCAAUUGUUCCGGGGGACUUUGUGUCACCUGUUAGCAGGGAUGGUUUGGGUUGGGCCUGUCCAUGGGACCCAGGCCUCCCCUCCUGCCUGCCCCCUCCCAGGGUCCUGGAGCAUCCAGAUGGAGAGGGGCAACGCCUUGGUGGUGCUGCGCAGCCUGCUCUGGCCGGGCCUCACCUUCUUCCAUGCUCCCCGCACCAAGAACUAUGGCUACAUCUACGUGGGCACCGGCGAGAAGAACAUAGACCUUCCCUUCAUGCUGUAGGAAGGGGGCCAGAUGGGCCCGUGUAGGAAGCAUCUACAAUUUACUUUCAUAAAUGGCUGUGAACUUGG